AUGACCUUCACCAUCCGUGGCACGCCGAUCGGAUGGCUGACCAUCUUCAUCGCCGUCCUGGCGUCGAUGGGAGGCUUCCUGUUCGGUUGGGACACGGGUCAGAUCUCGGGCCUCAUCGAGAUGGACGACUUCAAGGAGCGCUUCGCACAGGGCCCGCCCGGCGAGAAGGACUGGAACGUCUGGAUCGAGGGCGUCAUCGUCUCGCUCCUCAGUGUCGGCACGGCCAUCGGCGUCAUGUGCGGCGCCCCCAUCGCCGACUGGCUCGGCCGUAGGUGGGCCAUGACCGUCGAGUGUGUCGUCUUCUCGAUCGGCGUCAUCAUCCAGGUCACCUCCUUCACCGCUUGGUACCAGGUCGCCAUCGGCCGUCUCGUCACCGGUCUCGGUGUCGGUGCCCUCUCCGCCGCUGUCCCCCUCUACCAGUCCGAGACGGUGCCCCGACAGGUCCGUGGUGCCCUCGUCGGCACGUACCAGCUUUUCAUCACGUUCGGUAUCUUGCUCGCCUACUGCACCAACAUUGGCACUCGGGACUACAACAACUCGGGUCAGUGGCGAGUCCCCAUCGCCCUGGGCAUCUUUUUCGCGGCGAUUCUGGGCGUCGGCAUCCUCUUCUGCCCCGAGUCGCCACGAUGGCUCGCCGCUCGAGGCAGGAACGAGGAGGCCUACCGCGCCUGCGCCGCCGUCCGUGGCGCUAAGUACGGAGACGGAAACCCCUGGGUCGAGGCCGAGUACCAGGACAUUAUCGCCGCCGUCAAGCGCGACGAGCACCUCGGACAGGCGUCGUGGAUCGAGUGCUUCCACCGCCCCAACAAGACCCUCUACCGCACCCUCCUCGGCAUGGCCCUCCAAGCUGGACAGCAACUCACCGGCGCCAACUACUUCUUCUAUUUCGGUGUCUCGAUCUUCCGCUCCACGGGUCUAUCGGAUUCGUUCGUUACCCAGAUCAUUCUGGGCGCCGUCAACUUCUUCUGCACGUUCCUGGGCCUUUACAACAUGGAGCGGUUCGGUCGCCGCAAGCCUCUGGUCUUCGGCGCGCUGUGGAUGUCGUUCUGGCUCUUCGUCUUUGCCAUUGCGGGCAUCGUCGGCGGUCCGACCGAGGACGAGAUCUCUCCGGGCGUCGGCAAGCUGCUUAUCGUCGCCGCGUGCCUCUUCAUCCUCGGAUACGCGUCGACCUGGGCGCCGGGCAUCUGGAUCUUUGUCGGCGAGACCUUCAGCCUGCGCACGCGUGCGCGCCAGGCUGCGCUGGCGACGCUGUCCAACUGGACGUGGAACUUCCUGAUCGGCUUCUUUUCGUCGCCCAUCGCCUCGGACAUCCAUUUUGCCUACGGCUUCGUCUUUGCCGGCUGCAACCUGGCCAACGCCGUUAUCGCCUACUUCUUCGUCUACGAGACGGCCGACCUGUCGCUCGAGGCCAUCGACGACAUGUACAACGACCCGACGUGCAAGCCGUGGAAGAGCAGCGACUGGGUGCCCGCCGGCUACGAGUCGCGCGACCAGAUCAAGAACAAGGACGAGGGCCAGGCCGCCGAGGUCGGAGAGUGGAGCAAGUCGCCUUCGGCCAUCCCCGGCGAGCAGGAGAAGAAUAAGGCCAACCCGCUCCAGGUCGCGUAG